UUACUUUUUACUCCCUCUUUCCCUCCAUCGCAAGUUCGCAACCACCAUUCUCUCUCUCUCUCUCUCUCUCUCUCUCUCUCUCUCUGCCAUAUAAUCGAUUGCAGACUCUCCACGCCUGCUGGAAUGUGCCAUCGUCGAAGCUCGAAAAGCUGGAAAUAUCAACUUUUCGCCUAGUUCUGUUCCAGCUUUAUUCAGCAAAGGAGCACAUAGGAAUCGAUUGGUACUCGAGAGUACUCUCACAGUUCUCUAAUCUUUUUUUCUUCUGGAGUGUUAUCUGCAGCUUCCUUUAACUCGUUCCUUGUUAUUCCCGAUACCUAUCGUGUUAGUGCUAUUGCAUUUCUGGUUUCGGAUGAGUACUAGCUGAAGAAAUCGAGGUUCACGGAGUUGAGUUGUACGUUGAUUUCUAACUACACCCGGGUGAGGAGAGGAGUUGGGAAGUUCAGAUCUGCUGAAGAACUGUUGAAACUCUGAAGCUUUUCGAUUUUCUGGAGUUCUUCUUUUUGCUCUAUUAAUUUUGACAUUUAAGGGAGAUUCGUUUGGUUUAACCAAUGUAAUGGGAUUCGGGAAGCUUAGAGCAGAUUUACGGACAAAAAACGUCAUCUAAGCAGCUUUGACAGCUUCAAUUUUUUAAAUUGGACAGAGAUUUCUAGUUUCUGCCUUUGGUUCUCGGUGAUUCACGCUAUUACGCGGAUCUCGGAGAGGAAAUACUCCCUUCUAAUCUUUUUCAAGCUAUUCCGAGAUUUUCGGGUUUUGCUGGAUGCGCGCAGAUCCGCGGAGCAACUUUGGUGAAAAGUUGAGGUGCUUCAGAUCUCUGAUCUUCUUGCGGCAAAAGAAGCGGCAAUGGUUGCAGAACCUUGGAUUUUAAAGAUGGGGAACCAGGUAAGUAACAAUCUCAAGCACGCUCUUUUGCUCGAGGCUUCCAAGAAAAAGAACGCCAAAAGACCAGACCAACCAAAAGAGACCAUUGGCAUUCUUUCCUUCGAAGUCGCGAACGUCAUUUCUAAAACCGUUCAUCUUCACAAAUCCCUAACCGACCCCGAGAUGUUCAAGCUCAAAAACGAGAUCUUGAAGUCCGAGGGGGUCACGAAGCUGGUGUCCUCUGACGAGUCUUACCUUCUCGAGCUCGCUCUCGCUGAGAAGCUCGACGACCUGAACCGUGUUGCUGCUGUUGUUUCUAGGCUAGGGAAAAGGUGUACUGAGCCUGCGUUGCAGGGCUUCGAACACGUUUACUCUGAUAUCAUUACGGGGGUAAUCGAUGUGAGGGAGCUGGGGUUCCUGGUGAGGGAUAUGGACGGGAUGAUAAGGAAGAUGGAGAGAUACGUGAGCUCCACUUCGAAUCUCUACAGCGAAAUGGAGGUUUUGAAUGAGUUGGAGCAGGCAACCAAGAAGUUCCAACAGAAUCAGCACGAGGAGAGUCGCCGGGCCUUUGAGCAGAAGGUAAUCUGGCAAAGGCAGGAUGUGAGGCAUCUCAGGGAUGUUUCACUGUGGAACCAGACAUAUGAUAAGAUUGUUGCUCUGUUAGCGAGAACGGUUUGUACCAUCUAUGCUAGGCUCUGCAUUGUUUUUGGAGACUCUGUUUCGAGGCUAGAUUUUUCCGGCCUUUCUAUUUCAGGAUCAGACGCUUCUUCUGCAGGAGAAAGUUCAUCUCCCGUUCAGGAUGAAAGCAGGGCGGUUUCCGGUCAGAUUGAUGGUAACCAUCAUUUCCAGACGGUCUCAGGGCCAUUGAGAUCGGCUUCAAGAAAGGCUCAUACAUAUAACUCAGGACCACUUGACAGAGGUAAAGUCGAGAGGACCACCUCUAGGUCUGGAUUGGCAAUGCAGAGAAAUGACAUGACUUCAUUUCGUCCUGAUGAUUUUAAUCUUCCUCCAUGUGGAGCUAGCCCCGGGAGACUUUUCAUGGACUGCCUUAGCUUGAGCAGUUCAGCUUCAAGGAUUGAUGAUGACUUAGAAUAUGGAGACCAUUAUAGUCGAACUUCGGGUUGUUGCAGCAUCGCAAAUGGGUUUAGUAGAGAGCUCCCGCAUUCAUCUGGUUGCUCUAAUAGGGUUGAGUUGAGCGUUCCUUUCAGUGGGGAUCAACGACAAUCCAAGUGUAGCACAAUUAACAGCAGGUCACGGUUUGGCCCCAAAAGUAGAUUACUGUUACACGCCCCUCCAUCCACUAUUGGGGGUUCUGCUCUUGCUUUGCAUUAUGCAAAUGUCAUAAUUGUUAUUGAGAAGCUGCUUCGCUAUCCACAUUUAGUUGGUGAGGAGGYUAGAGAUGAUUUAUACCAGAUGUUACCAACGAGCUUAAGAAUGUCUCUGAGAACAAAUCUCAAGUCUUAUGUCAAGAACCUUGCUAUAUAUGAUGCUCCUCUUGCCCAUGAUUGGAAGGAGACGCUAGAUAAGAUACUCGCAUGGCUUGCACCACUGGCACAUAAUAUGAUCAGGUGGCAGACGGAACGUAAUUUUGAGCAACAGCAAAUUGUUACUAGGACAAAUGUUCUUCUGCUUCAGACAUUGUAUUUUGCGGAUAGGGGAAAGACAGAGGCAGCUAUCUGUGAGCUUCUUGUGGGGUUGAAUUACAUAUGCCGCUACGAGCAUCAACAGAAUGCCUUGUUGGACUGUGCAAGCAGUUUUGAUUUUGAUGAUUGUGUAGACUGGCAAUUUCCCUAUUGAAGGUCUUAUAUUCGGAGACCCAUUAUACUUGUAUGCAAACAGGACUUGAACAUGAAAUGGAUACAGAUGUUGGCACUUGGAAGCAUCCCUUUGUAUACAAAUGGUUGGAUGUUGUAUUUUAUUGCUAGGUAUGGAAAAAUAUUUGACUUGUAUUGUACAGUACUCCAAAUUAUUUAUAAAACAAGUAGACAUCCCAGUUUUAUUCCU